AUGUCGGGCCGCGUGAGCGCCGUCAGGGACCGGUGCUUGGAGCUGGAGCGCGUCAUCGGCGCCCGCGCCCGCUCGGGAAGCCUCGGCCUCGACGACGCGCUCAAGCUGUUUGACGGAUUGCGUACCCACGCCAGGCCUGCCUCGGUUAUUGCCUUCAACCAUCUCCUCACCGCUGUGUCUCGUGCGUCGGGCCGGCGCUCCUCCACCUCAGAGUCAGAGCUCGUCGUCUCCCUCUUCAACCAGAUGAUCUGUGAAUGCUCCAUCAAGGUGACUCCAGACCUUUGCACCUACAGCAUACUCAUCGGCUGCUUCUGCCGCAUGGACCACCUGGAGCAUGGCUUCGCCACCUUUGGCCUCAUCCUUAAGACAGGCUGGAGAGUGAAUAACGUAGUAGUCAUCAGUCAACUGCUCAAAGGUCUCUGUGACGCAAAGAGGGUGGGUGAGGCCAUGGACGUUUUGAUCAAACGAAUGCCUGAGCUUGGCUGCACGCCGAAUGUAGUAUCAUACAAUACACUUCUCAAGGGUUUUUGCAAUGAAAAGAGAACUGGGGAGGCACUUGAGCUGCUCCACAUGAUGGCUGAUGAUCAAGCAUUCAAAAUGUGUUCUAAGGAUCUUCAACUUGAUAUUAUUACUUUCACCAUUAUGAUUGGCGCUUUGCUCAAAGGUGGCAGAAGGGAAGAUGCCAUGAAUUUGUUUGGUGCUAUCUCUUCUUAUGGUUUGGUUCUGGAUGCUGAGACCUACUGCUUAAUAGCAGAAAAUCUCAUAGAAGAAGAGUCACUUGAGGAGUUCGAUGGUCUGUUUUCAGCAAUGGAAAAGAAUGGUACUGCUCCAAACUCACGUUUGUUAAAUGCUAUAGUUAGGAGGUUGUUGCAUAGAGGUGACAUAAGCAGGGCUGGGGCUUACCUCUCCAAACUUAAUGAGAAGAAUUUCUCACUUGAGGCUUCCACUACUUCCAUGCUUAUAUCACUUUUCUCGAGGGAGGAAUACCAGCACCAUGCAAAGUUUCUGCCUGAAAAGUAUCGUUUCCUCAAUGAAGCUAAGAAAUGA